AUGGAGCUGUACCUCAGCGCCUGCUCUAAGACCGCCAAUGUGGCCGCCAACAAGGCAGCCUCCAGCACCGUGGCUGAGGACAGUCAGCAAUGCGGAGAUGGCGCACACAAAACCCCAAUACCAGGGGUAGGAGCUGCUCAGCUCCUAGAUCUUCCUCUUGGGGUCAAGCUGCCUAUGAUCCCAGGAACUGAUACUGUAUAUUUUACUACGAAUAUCAGUGAAAAGCUUUUUCGACCUUCCUAUGGUUUUAACCUGAGUGAUCCUUACUGUCGACUUUUGGAAACCCAAUAUAAAAGUCUCCAUGAUCCACAUUUAAGAACGUACUAUAAGCGCAAAGAUAUUCUGAGGAGACUUAAGAAAGGUGGCUACAUCACCAGCAAUAACAAAAUUGUAUGUAGCUUGAGAGAGCUGAAUAAAUACCGCCAAUACCUGACCAGCCUAAAAUUAGACUUUGAACGAAACUAUUUAAGAGAACAGCAAUUGAUUUCAAAACAACUACAUAAACUGCAAGAAACCAGCCAACUUCCUCACUGUUCUGAUAUCACACGAUUCCAGAGCUGGUUGUUACAGGACAACACUCAGUCUAUUAAGGACCAAGAACGUUUGUUAAGGCACAGAUAUUUGGAUAUGAUAAGUAAAGAAUUAGAACAACUUGAGCGCACAGCAGAAGAACAACGCUUACUCCGCAUGGACAGAGAGGAGAGGCGUCAGCGGGAAUACACAAGAAAGAAACUUAGUCUGCGUAGAAAAAUUGAACAGGAAUGGAAGACAAAGGAGAUGAUGCUUCUCACAAAGAUCGGAGAAGAUGUUAAGAGAGAACAGAGGGUAGAAGAACAAAGGCGGAAAAGCCGAGAAGAGAGUGACAGAAAGAAACAAGCAAUGCUAGAGAAAAAAAUGGCUUAUCAUUUACAAAAAAUGCAGGAUACUGGCUUAAAAGAUGACAUGGGAAGAAAUGGAUUUGACUAUAAAGGACAAAAUGGAACUAUGUUUGAAUCUUCCUCAAAGAAGAAAAAGAAGCAGUUUGAUGAUAUAAAAAUAGUUUAUCCUGAAGGCGACCACAAAUCAUAUAAAGGAACAUCAGGACAAGUAUCAGCCACUGUUAAUCAGUCUCAGAGUAGUUCAAAGAAUGUUACAAAAAUGUCGGGAUCCUCAGUUGUUUAUCAGGCAGAAGUACAGAACAGCAGCUCAGAACAAAAGAGAAAUGGAGUAACGAAAAAAUUAAGUGAUGAAAGAGUUCCUGGAACUACAUCAGCUAGAGACUCAAUUAUUUCAGCUCAACAAUCACCCACAAAGAACGCUAGACUUUCACAGACAUCUUUGGUCCAUCAAAAAGAAGAGAAGGAGAUGCAAAGUAAUUGGAAUGAAAGACCAAGCAAGAAAUCAAGCUAUGCUGGUGACCCAGGAUCACAGGGUGGUGCUCCACCGCCCGGUAUCUUUUCUUCUCCUGUUUACUCAACUAUGCAACAAAAUCUACAACAUUGCUUGAAAGAUAAAGUAACUUCUGAAGAAUUAAAUAGCAUAAUCCAAAACAUAAUGACCUGGGUUGUAGCUACAGUAACCAGUAUAUUAUAUCCAGCUAUCACAAAAUAUGAAGAAAGAGUACAGAGUAAUACAUACCCAGUGUCUGAUGAUUCCGACCUUUCUUCAGAUAGUUCAAGCUUCUGUAGUACGUGUAGUGAAGGCUUUACAUACAGAAGCUACACAGCUAAAACAUUUCAAGCUGAUCCGUGUACAUUUGCCAGUGACAUGCCAGUGAAGAAACCACCUACACCUUUGAAACCUCCUUCUGCACAUGUGGAAAGAACAGUUAUUGGACAAACAUAUCAAAAAAAAGGACAAUCUAUAUCUUCACAAAUCAGUUACAACAAAACCAGCUUGGACUAUCCAUUUCCUAAGAUAGGAAGUAGUAAAUCAGAUAGCCACCUCUUAACAUCAUUAGAAACAUCCACUAAAAAAUCCAAAGACGCUACUACAGAAACAGAGAGUUUAGAGAUUCCGUUUCUAUAUGAUAAAAAAGCAAAAGCCAUGGAUCAGAUUAAAAACUUAAAGAAUGUCUUUGUAAACUUUAAAUGUCACUUGAAAGGAGAAACACAACUUAUUUUAGAGAGUAUUUUUCAAGAAAUAAUGUCUGACUUAAGCCAGGCCAUUCCUUCUCUCUCUUCUGUGACUGCUGAAGUUUUUGUCGAUCAGACUGAAGCUGAAAGAGAAGAGUUGCUCUCCAAUGUUGAUAUAUGCUCAGUAGCUUCAGAGAUUGUGGAAAACAUGCUUGAGAAGCUGGAGUCUGCUGUUGAGAAAAAAUGUGUACAGAUUUUUUCACAAGAAGACUUGUCAGUUGAUAUUAAACCCAGUUUAUCAACUAGUGGUGAAUAUUUUUCAUCUGUAGAAACAAAACCUUCAGAAGAUACAUUGAGUUAUACUUUGGAGCCAAUGUGUGAUGUUGCCGAUGAUAUGGUACAUUCCAUUUUGGAAAAAUUGAUGAUUCUUGCAUCUUAUAAGAAAAAUGAAGUUCCUCCAGAAGAUAUAACUAAACAUUUCCAACAAACUAAGACAGAGCCAGUAUAUAAAAUCCAUCAACAAACUGACCAAAAGAAAGUUAGCCCUGCAUCUGAUUCUGCUAAUAGGGUUCUGAAAGAAGAGAUACAAAACUUAAUAUCAAAUAUUUUUUCACAGUCCUCUCUGGUUGGUUACGUAGAAGAAGCAAUCAGCACUAUACUAGGCUAUGUCCAAACUGAACUCAAUAAUGAGAGACUUAUUGCAUCUGAAGAAACAGUAGUACUUCUUCAGCUGCUGGAUGAUGUCUUAACUCAGCUUCACCAGCAGCCAGUAAAAGCAGGUGCUAAAAAACAUAGACGACCUAGAGUAAGAAAUCUUUCUGACACUGAAGAAAAGUAUAGACUCGCUGGCACUAGAUCAUUUAAUAGUCUUAAAUCUAAACGACCAUUUCCACCUGUUAAUGUUCCUGGAAUGGUUCUUUAUUCUGAAGAUGAGGAUGAGGAAAUAGAUAACUUUGUGCAAAGUGUGCUUGAUUCAUCUUUCAAUGAUGAGAAAGCAAAAUCACAAGAGCAGAUUCACGACCAUUGGCCUAAAAAGAGAGAUACUUUUUAUGAAACCAAAAGAAGUAAUAAAUGGCCAACAAAAUCUACUUUUCAAAACAAAGUUGAAUCUCGUGACUGGGGAUUAAAGUUGGAGUUGUCUCUUAGUAGUGAAGACAUUGUGAAGACAAAGCACUGCUUGAAUAAUGAGACUUCCAUUUUCAGCCAAGAUCAAAAGUACCAAAUACAAAAGGCUUCAGAAAACAUAGUUAAACAUAUUUUAACGGAAAUGCUCAAGGAUAUGUCUUCUGAUUCAUCUAGUUAUUUGGGAAGCCAAACUGGCAAAGAAGCUUCUGCUUUUUCCUCUGAGAAAUCUCAAGGACUAUCAGAUCAAGAAUGGAUGGAACAGAUGUUCUCUGGGUCAGAAAUUUGUGCAUUUGCACAUGAAAUAACAGAUUCUGUGAUAAAUAUACUUCAUAGGGCCUCAACGUACAUUCCUAAUACCAUUAAAAAUGCCUUUACGUCAGUUCAUCACACUUGUAUAGAUCCUUUGGAUACUGUCCAUACAUCCAAAGAAACAUCAAGUAAAAUGCCAUUUAAAGUAUGGUUUGACAGUGAAAAGAAAAUGAAAUAUUUAUCUUCUCUCAACAUGGAACAUGAAAAGACUUCCCAGUUAAGAUCUGGAAAAUGUGAGCCUAAGCGUGUAAAUGAUAUUACUGAUAAGAUCAUUAAUACAAUUUUUAAAAGGCUGAAGCUAUUUGUUUGUCCAAAAUUGCAAAUAGGCAACAAAUCUUCACUGGUAGAAAAAUCAUUACAUUCUCAACUUAGUACUUACACAAUGAAAAUAGUCAACAUCGUUUUGCAUGCUAUACAAAGUGAACUAGAAAUCAACAAGGUAAACCCAAAUCUUAAAGAGACAGACCGCCCCAAGUACCAUAAAAACAAAGGGUUGUUCACUGAUUCCAAUAAAGUUGUAGAGUCCCAUGUCACCAGUGUCAAUGAUGACAUUAUGGAAAGUCCAUUAUUGACAUGUAUUUGUGAAAUGAUAUCAAGUACAAAUGAAGAUAAAAAAAGUACUUCAACCUGUACAGAUAAGGCAGCAUCUACAAAUAUAUGUGGGUCUGGCAAUGUUCAUAAACAAAAUAUUUUGUCAAAUAAACAGGAUAAAAAUUCUUUUCGCCAAUUGUUGGCUAAACCUUGCCUUCAGCACAGUUUUGCUGAUGAAAAGGAUUUCAAGGACAGUUCCAAAUUGGAGGUGUUAGAUCAAAUUGGGGAUACACUGCAUGAAAUGUUAACCAAACUCACAAGUGAUCACCCUGAUUCUCAGCCAUCUUGCAGUCAUCAAAACAUGGAAACCUUAGAUAAAGACCCUCCAACACUGUCUAACACUCAGAUCAUUUCCAAAGCAAUUCUGGAAUACGUCCUUGCAAAAUUAUGUGAUGUUGACGUAGAUACCAGCAUCAAAACUCCUGAAUUGAAAACUGUCUCCGAAUCACUUGACAUAGACAACCUAUCAUUUGCUUCAACCAUGGAGGAAAUGGCCAAAUGCACCAACAUAAUCUCUAACAUAAUUUCCAAAAUUAUGAAGGAUAAUAAUGAGGUGACCAAAAGCAAAGCAAAAAGUGAUCUUCCAAUGUGUUCCAAAGCAGAGAUCCCAGAAGAAAUGUGCCCCCAAAAACUGAAAAGUAUUGCUUCAGAUAUUCUCAACGUGGUUUUUGCUAAACUGGAACAUUUUGCAAGUGGAAGUAUAGAAAAUGGUAUUCUUAGUGAUGAAAAUAAAGAGCAUACAGCGGAUUGGGAAUCUGAAAGCAACAGUUCUCCUGCAGAUUCUCAUGAUAAAUCAUUGCAAUCCACUUUAUACAGUCAUGCAAAGAAGGUAUCAAAUGGUAUUUUGAAAGCCAUUCAAACAGAAUUAAAUAUAAACCCAUCUGAUUGUAAGAUAGAUAAAAAGAGAUCACCAGAAGAGACACAAAUGCUUACAAACAUUGUUGAUUUAAUUUUAGAUGUUGUAUCUUCAGAUAUUUUUGCUGACCCUGAAUCUGAGAACCAAGGCAAUGAAAAUUAUGGAUACCGACCAACUUAUGGAAAUUUUCUUCCUGGAGGAGCAGAAUCAGACUCAUUUCUAGAUGAUGACACACAAAAUAAAGAACUUAUUAGAGAUACAACAUCUUUCAGUGAGGAAACUAGAACCCUUUCUACUGACCAGAUGGUUCUAGAAAGAACCUUAAGCAAAAUUGAAGUGAAACUUAAAGAGCCACACAGAUCUCCAAUUGUCCCCAUUAUAAGAAAUAUUCUGAAUGAAAUUUUUCAAAGUGCUCUAAUCAAUCAAUUAAAUGUGGUUUCACUCUCACGCACUCAUUUUAGUGGAAUGCCUCACAAUGCUCCUGCAUCCUCUACUCAAACAUCUGCACAUUUUACGGAUCAAAUCAUGGGCCCUUUAGUAUCUGACACAGAUGUAAGUGUAGUGGUAAAUGAUGUUGUUAGGACAGUAUUUCACAAGCUUUAUUCAGCUGCCAUGACAGAAAAACAUGUAAGUGAAAACAGAUGCAAAACCAUCAUCUUUUCAGCCAAUGUUUCUUUCCGUGAGCAUACCUAUGGAGGAAAUGCCCCUGUCAGUGGGUUAAAUAGAAAUGCACAUGAUCUUCAGUCCAGCUGGAAUGUUGACAAGCAGACCAAAAUAAAUGUAGUUGAAGAUAUUGUGCAGGCAAUAUUAGAAAAUUUAGAAACUUUUGCUGCUUCCAAAGUAGAAUCACUCUUUUGUCCUCAAGUCAACUUCACAGUUCCAGUGACUUUGCCAGUACAUCAGGAAGAGGGAUCAUUAAGCCAAGCAUUAUCAGGCAAAGAUUCAUAUUCUGAUAAUCAACUUCCCUGUUGUUCAGUGAAUCAUAGUAAUCCAGAACAGGUGGACUCAUGGUGUCAAAUGUCUUUGUCCAAAUUAAAUAUUUAUGCAAAAGAAGUAGCUAGGAAAAUUUUACAAGGUAUCAAACAUGAGUUAGAUAAAGAACAAGAAAGUCCUCUCUUGACAAAUAACAUUGUGGUUUCUGAGAAUAUUGCAAGUCAGGUUGUUAACACAGUGCUUGAUAUUGUGUCAUGCAAAAGCAAGUCUGACAAAAACAGUUCUGACAAAGAGAAUUAUUCAGAUCAACAAGUUGGCAUUUUUGAAAGGCUAGUCAAUAAAACAGAAUAUCGAAAAAUACUUGAGUUUCAAAUUCAAGAUACCAUUGAAGGCAUCUUAUGUGAUAUUUACGAAAACAUUGUGUAUCAGAAUAAUCUCUCAUUUGCCACACCUACCCUGAAAUUUGACAUACCUGCAAAACACUCAGAAGCAAAUUUUGAGCCAGUAGUUAUUGGUACAAAUAUUAUACCUAAAGUCUCAGUUCCUAAAGCAGAUGUCAUUUUGGUGUCCAAAGAUAUAGUGGAUAUUGUGCUUCAUAACCUUACAAGUUUGGUCAUGCUUGCCAUAAAUGCAAAGGACUCAGCUUCUACAAGACUGACCAUCUAUGAUAUUUUUCCAAAACCACAGUGCCAACAGCCUCUUUCUAUAACACAAAGAACGGAAGGAAAACCAGGGCAUUUUUUACAUUCAAAAGAUAAGAAUUUAGGUUAUCCUGAUAUUUAUCAGAUGCCUGUAAAUGGCAAAGAAGACACCAAGGAACCUGCGCCUGACCCAUGUGAGGAAAACGUAAACUACAUUACUGAAACUAUUUUCAAUCGGUUACAGUCUUUUGCCAUAGAGAGAAUAAACUCACUAAUGACUCUUGCCUUUCAGUCUAAAGGAAAUGCAUUUGUUAGCCCACAAUUUGAAAAUGGUAAAGAUGACAACUGCGUUUUUCAUGAACCAGGCCAAGCUGAGUCUGAUGUGAAUGUCCUAAAAUUAUCAACAACUAAAACAGUCUCUAGCCAAGACCUUGCAGAACCCAUUCUUGCCAGCUGCAGAGAAAAUUUUAGAACUACAAUCCAUUUAUCACAAACUAGUCUUAAGGGCUAUGCUGCCUUCAUUGCCAGUACUAUUCUGAAGCUUAUCAAAAAUGAUUUAGAAUUAGAAAUACAUAGUGUACAAACAUAUUCAAACCACGUUUUAUUUCAAAAGAAUAUGAUUGUGAGUGAAAUUGUUAAUAGUAUCUUAAAGAUUUUGCACAAUAAAGAAUCUGUAAAGGAAAUUUUUUUAUCCUCACCAGAGAACUCUAGCUGUUCACAGCUAACCAUAUCAAAUGAAGCUUUGCUGGGGUACAAAGAUAAGGAAAAAGCUACUGCAUCACCACAGUUUACAAAUAACUCCUUAGAAGAAAACCAAAUAAUAACAGUGGAAAAGGAAAGCCAGAGAGAUGUUUUGGAAGAAAUAUUUAUGAGAAAAGGAGAAUCAAAACCAAGAGAAAAAACUGAAAUUCUCAAGACAGUGGAAGAGGUUUUGAAGAAGCUGAGUCAGAGGAUAAUGGAAAUCAUAGGUCACAUAGCCCCAUAUAAUGAAAUUCCAUAUAUAGUGUCUAAGUCUAAAAGUAAAACAGCAGCCACAACACAGAAGAAAUUCUUUCAGUCACAUAUUAACAAUGUAUCAAGUGAUAUACUUGAAAAUGUUUUGGGAGAGAUGCACUCUGUGGUUGUAACAUCCUUGUACAAAAAAAAUAAAAGCAGGAGAGAGGGAGAAAUGCAUGACAGCAGUGAUAGUUCAUCAGAAAAAUCGCCAGGCUUUAGAGAAACUAAGCCAGCAAGAAAAAGAAGUAGUCCCUUAAGACUAGGGGUACCACAGAUGCAUCCUUAUGCUGACAAUUUAAACGCUCUUGUGUUAGAAAACACCUUUUUACCAUACUCACCAUUGCAAAUUGGAAAAUAUUUAGUUCAAAUAGUUCUUGAUAAGUUAUCAAAUUUUGUCUCCCUACAUCUAGAGGAGGGAUAUCCACCUGAAGGUAGUUAUGAUGACUUGUACCUUCUUAGACUACAUAAUUCUAAACUCAGCCCAAAGAACAGCCCGAGGCCAGGAUGUAAAACAAGUUUAAAAAUGAGAUCAAAAAUCACCUCUCUCUCUAAAUUUAAAACAAAACCACAUCUUGGUAUUAGUGCUACUAAGACCAAAAGCAAGAGCAAGUUAUCUACUGGAGAAAAGACUCCAAGAGAGAACAGAUCCAAAACCGCCCUUGGGCUGCCGCAGACUUCACAAGCAGAAGAUGCCAAAACCACACUGAAAACAAAAUUACCAGUUGCAGAAUUAAGAGUAUAUGCCACGAAUAUAAUAACUGACAUUUUAGAAGUAAUUAUGAGCGGACUUGAGAAAGCAGCACAACACAGAGCCAUGUUUAACACUAAAGUCUUGCAAUCUAGUCAAAUCCUUGAAGCGAGUAAAAUUGUUAAUGCAGUGUUACAAGAGCUGUAUGUUACAAACAAUCAGAACUUGGCUUCUCCAAUUAACAUUUCAAAUCUGAGUGAUCAUCGCCUAUCCAAGCAGAAUCUGGGUGCAGGUUACCCUACGGAGCAACCAUGUUUUUACUUAGAAAAUGUUUCCUCGCAGUUAGAACAGAUUUUUCCUAAAGAAGGUAUAUUGAAAAAAAUGUUUGACAAAUGGCAAACAGAAACAAGUGAUACAGAAACUGAAAAGUCUAAACUUUUAACCAUAGCUGAAAACAUUUUAACUGAAAUUUCAAUUAAAGCCAAAGAUUUAGAAUAUUCACUUUCACUUUUAAAUUUGCCACCUCUUGAAGAGUGUGAAAACAGAUUCUACGACCACUUUAAAGGUGUCUCUACUAGAGCUGAGGACACAAAAGCGCAGAUCAAUAUGUUUGGACGGGAAAUUGUCGAAAUGCUCUUUGAAAAAUUACAAUUGUGCUUCUUGUCUCAGAUGCCUACUCAGGACAGUAACGGAGUUCUCACAAGUAGGAAAGAACAUGUUGCUGCGAAAAGCAAGCCGGGUUUUCCAACCAAGCACAUCCUUAGUGGCAUACAGACCUGCAACAUGAAGAUGAAGGACCACGUGUUUACGAGCUCUAGCAACCAAAUUGUGCAUGAGAUCGUAGAAAGAGUCUUAAACAUGUUAGAGUCAUUUGUGGACUUAAAGUUUAAGCAUAUCUCUAAAUAUGAGUUUUCUGAAAUAGUGAAAAUGCCAAUAGACAAUCUCUUUCAAGUGCAACAAAGACAAUUAAGCAAAAAGAUGCUGCCAAAAUUACCGUUUAGAAAGUUUGAUGAUGAGUCCAAGUCAAGCACUAUUAUAUCCAAAGAAAAUGUACAGAAUACACUCUUACAGGUCCAUUUAUUCCAUUCAGAAUUACUAACAUAUUCUGUCACUACUGUCAGUGGCAUGCUUGGAAUAAUCAAGAAUAAACUAGACAAAGAAAUAAGCCAAAUGGAACCAUCUCCAGUUAGCAUAUUGAAAGAGAAUAUUGCUGCAAGUGAGAUCAUUGGUACACUGAUAGACCAAUGCUCCCAUUUCGGUGAGUCUUUGAUCAAAAACCUUCCUACUAAAAAUUGGUUCAAUGGAACUGAGAAUGUUUACAUUGUUAAUCCGGUUGAAUUUGCACCUCCUGUGAAAAUGCCUCUUUUAAACACGAGUGAGAGUACUGGGAGGAGUCAUAGUCCACAAAGGAGUAUAUCUGGCGUGGGGCUUACUUCAGAGGAUGAUACGAGAGAAAAGCAUAGCAUUGCAUCUAAUUCAUCUUCACACAUCAGUUCCUGUAUAGAAAACACAAAUAAAAACUCAGAGCCCACAGAGAGGUCCAGUUCAAAAGAGAUGCCAUCAUGUUCUAGAUACAAAGCACAAGACCAUGGCUGGAGGAAACCAAACUUUGGACCAGUUGAGGAAGUUUCAAAAGCUCACAGCUUUAUCCCCGAAGGGAGUAUGUUACAAAAAUUGUAUAAGAAAGUAAAUGAUUCCACAGAAGAAUCACUAAAACAAGUCUUAUCAUUUAUAGAAAUGGGGAAAGGUGAAAAUCCAAGGGUUUUUCAUUAUGAGACCACCAAAUCAGCUGAGCCAAAUGAAAUUAAGACAACUGCUUCCCCACUCAAAAUAUGUUUAGCUGCAGAAAAUAUUGUAAACACAGUACUGUCAAGUUAUGGCUUUCCCCAUCAAGCAAACACUAAUGAAAGCACAGAGACCAUGAAACCAUUUUUUAUGUCAAGGCAAAAUCCUUCAUCUGACGUAUGUGAAAGACAAAAAGAUACAGAGAAAACUUUGCUCAGAACAUGGAGUAGCCGAACGACCCUCAUGCAGGAGGAGGAAAGUGGAGGUCCUGAAGCCUGCCAAGAGGAUUUUUCUUUAUUACACAAAUGGAAAAAUAAAAACCCCAAAACGACAACAGAGACUUUGGAGGAAACCAACACUAUUGCUUUUGCUGAUCAUGAACUUGGUCCAAAUGAAAUGCAUUUGGUUGCAAGACAUGUUACAGCGUCUGUAAUCACACAUUUGAAGAACUUCAAAACUGCAGUUUCUACUGAGAAGUUUUCUCAUGUAUCUUCACACUCAAAGAAAAAUGAUGAUACAAAGCAGCCUCUAAAAAGCAUUUACAGUAAUUCUUCAGUUUAUCAGUUUUGUGUACAUCUCUCUGAAGCAGUUAUCUGUUACCUAAUUUCAAACAUUUCUGAUGGCACCAAAGAAGGCAGCAAAGAGAAAGCAUGGGAAAUCCAUGAUGCAGUAUUUGACAAAAAUAUCUUAAUUCACUCUCAACUGUAUAAAACCAGGUCUAUUUCCAUUGGAGAUCUUGCUUUAAGGAUUUUUAAAGUUAUUAUUGAAGUUCUUUCUAAUGGAAACAUGAUAAAUCCUGAUAAGACACACCAGGCUUCCAUAAAAGCAAAGUAUAUAUUCUGCCCAGGAGUGACUUCUUCUGACUUUGAUGAUAUCUUUCAAGAUCUCCUAAAAGGAGUGAUCUUUGUAUUGUCCAAAGUACUAGGACUAAAUCAUUUUGAAAUUAAUGUAAGAAACAAAUCAUAUCCCACACUUAAAAACAACUUGCCCAUUUUCAACAAAGUCAAUACCAUGGAAAAUCAGUUAGGCCCCAGGGAGUUAGAAUCAUCUCCUCACCCCACUGAUCACCUUGCUCAAAAAAAUAAAUUAAACUACCUGGCACGUAGGUUAAACAAUCUGGUUGGCAGCCUAAGAUCUCAUGAAUCCAAAGAAGUCGUCAAUGAAGUCUUCAAUAUUGUUUUAGAUUUAUUUUUACCAGAUGAGCUCCCUGAUGGGGAUAUGAGUUCUGGUAAACUAGCAAGAACAUUUUCCUCCUUAAAUAAUCGACAAAGUAAUAGAACCCUUACAAACAACCUAGGGCUUUCCCCCAAAUCAAUUUUUCUUCUCAAUAUUGUGUGUGAGAAACUUAUUCGAACACUUCUAGAAAAGUGCACGGGGGGCACCGCAUUUUUUGAGGAUAGUUCACUUUUUCGUGAAGUACCAGAAGAACGGCAUCAUGUCAAAGUUCUUCCAAGUGUUCAAGGUGGAGGUUUUGAUUAUCGUAAGGCACCAAUGGACUGUGAACAAUUUCAAGGAGAUUACAUGUCAGACCUGUUGGAAAAUCUGGCAGACAUUGAUCAAGAUUUAUUAUCAUCAGACUGUAUUCUUAAUGUUAUUUCCCACAGCUUGGUUAAAUCUCUGAUGGACAAGCUAUCUCAUGGUUUACAGCAAGCUCCUUUUGAACCCAAAUACAGGAACUAUAGAACAAGAGAAAUACAGCCUUUUAUUCCAAAAGCAAAAAGGCAAGAAUUAUUUGAACCAGAACACACUAAAGCCCAUGUAGACUUCAUGAGCUAUGACAAUAACUUUUUAACCAAGUCCUUGAAUAACACCAAUGCAACUAGCUUUAAAACACACACACGAUUUGGCAAACAACAUGCAGGAAAAUCUGUCUCUUUGUCAUUUCCUGACAGAAAAGAAUCAAGGGGAAUCAACACAGUGUCCUUUCAUAAGCUAUGUCAAAGAGGUGCAAAUGGUGGAGUUUUUUCAGCCACAUUUUUAGAGGAGAUAAUCUCAGAAUUAUUUUUUAAUUUGUCUACAUCGCUGUGGAGGAAAAAUCUAAACAUCACUGAAGCCUGGCUUAAUGAGAUAAAUACAUUACUUAUCAACAAUGUAGUGAAAAAGUUAAAUAAUGCUCAAAUUACUGUUCUAAGGUAUCCUGAAGAGAGAUUAUAUUUUCCAUCAGCCCAUAAAGGAUGUAUUACUAAGAUUGUUGAUUCCAUUUUUUAUGAUGUUUUACAACAAUAUGAAUUUACGGUAACCUGUGGUAGUAAUCUACCUUAUGAUAAUACUCCAGUAGCUGAACGAAUAUCUAAUAGCAUAUUGUUAGAGAUUAUAGACUAUCAGCUUCCAUCUUGCUUCAAAGGAAAGCUCAGAUCAAAUUUAUAUCAUACUCUCAAUGCUGAAAUCAUACUGUAUAAACUUCAAAAUAGUUUAAAAAAAUUUAACUCUGAACCCAUGUCUUCAAAAGGUUAUAGUACCAUGUUACCACACUCAUUUUUAGAGUAUGUUAUCAGAAGACUCUUAGCUCAGCUUAUUCCCUUGCCUAUUAAGUCUUCAUCUUUAGAAAAAAAGUAUUUGACGAGUUCAGAUUUUAAUGAAAUGUCCAACUGUAUAACAAAUAAGGUUAUGUCAGCCAUUUCAAAACAUAAAAUCUGGUUCACCAUCUAUGAUAAUCAGUGUCUGCAUACAGAUAAAAAUCUCCAAAAGAUGGUAGAUUCUGUUUACAGUAAUAUUUUGCAAAUGUCUGAUUCUCUUGAUUUAAUACAGAAAAAUAUAGUUGGUCGAAGUCCAAUUAUGAUUGACCAAAUAGCCAGUUUUAUUAUCCAAGAGAUUAUUGAAAACCAUCUUCAACCAUUUUUGUGUGGAGAGACUUUAUCUCGCCCCAAAACUCCACUAGAUGAGGUAUCUUACAUGGUCAAACAAGUUCUCAAUGAAGUCGUAGAGUCUCACAAGUCCCAGAAGCCAUCACCUUUAGGCAUUUACCCUGAUAAGUUUGUAGGAGAGGUUGUCACCAGAGUUUUAUCACAGAUUUUUAGUCCUAAGCCAAUUACUAAUGUUGAGCUGGAAAAUAUGACUCAAAAAAUAGUAAGUUCAGUGAAUAACCAUUUAGACAAAGCUAAGAUUCCAAUUCUAUGUGAUAAGCAACCAUCCUUUCCCUUUAGUAAUACAGAUCUUGUAGAUGAACUUGUCACCUCAGUAUAUAGGAAUGUUUUGAAGCAGCAUGGACUAGAUCCUGACAUUGAUGAAUCUGAAAAUGGUGAAGUUUUUGUGGAAAAUAUUACUAAAUUAAUCACAGCCGCUAUUUCAGACUACCUUCUUCACCCCCUGUUUUCUGGUGAUUUGUCAGCUGCCUCUUGUUCUAAUUCGAUGACUGAUCAUACUGCUUAUGACAUUCUUUGUGAUAUCAAUAAAUCUAGUAAGCUAAACCAGACCUUACCUCUGUAUAAUACAUUACUACCAUAUACAUUUUUAGAAGAUAUGAUCAGAGUACUAUUAUCUAAAUUUUUUCCUUCUUCCCCUAAAAUUGAUUCAUACAAAGCAACUUCAAAAGAUAAAGAAGGAGUAAACUUUAAUGAAAUUGCUUCCAAUCUGAUCACUGAUAUUAGGAGAAAAAUUUCCCAACAUGAAAUUAGAUUUUCAAAAGAUGAAGAGAAAACCAAGACCUUUUAUUCAGAAAAUGAUAUUCAGCAUCUUGUUGAUGCAGUUUUCACAAAUAUUUUAGAAAACUCCGGUUCUCCAGAAUUAGUGGAAGAAAAUAUCACAAAAAGUAAUGAUGUUUUCAUUGAUCAAAUAGCAGGUUUUAUUAUUAAAUAUAUUUGUGAACACCAUCUUCAGCCAUUUGUGGAAAGAAAGCAAUUAUCUACUUCAUCGUACAAAUAUUUUGAUGAUGAUAGGCAGGAGUUAUUUUAUGGUAGUGCUUAUUCCUCAACAUUUUUGGAAGAUGUAGUCUCUGGAGUAGUGAGCAAAAUAUUUCACAGGGUGGUUGGCAUUGUACAAGUGGACUCAACAAGAAACUCAGAAAAUGUCUUGUUUGAUAAAGCUGAAAACCUCAUAUACUGGAUAACAGAGGAAUUUUCAAAAGCUCAGGUUACUACUAUAGAGAAUGCUGAAGAACAGUUGAGUUUGUCCCCAAUAGGAGGAGAUAUACUCAAAAAAAUUAUUGACACUGUGUACAGCAAUGUUUUAGAAGAAUAUGAAAUGGAAAUCAUGCCUGAUAAAGAUUUUCUAAGUGAUACAAAGGCAUUGGCUGCUCAGAUAACCAAAAUCAUUCUGACUGAAAUUUCUUAUUUCCAAAUUCCACCAGAUCUUGUAGCAGAUCUUCCUUUACACCUACAUUCCAAACUUAGUCAAAAUGUCUUGGUGAAUAGAGUCCAUUACGACAUUAGUAAGUCAAGAUUCCGAAGACAGGCUUCAACAAUGUACACUACCAUGCUCUCACAUGUUCACUUAGAGAAAAUAGUCACUCAGAUUAUGUCUCAGAUAAAUCCAUCAGAUUCCAGUGUAGAGCAUUAUGACACUUCUCAAUCAGACUUAAAUAACACAGUCAUAAAACUGAUUAAUGAAAUCAUGUCAAUAAUUUCAAAACAUGCAAUAUGUAUUGUAAAACAUGGAAAUGAAAAACAGAGUAUGAUUUCAGAGAAGGACAUACAGUCGAUGGUCGAUUCCAUCUAUGCUGAUCUUUCCCAUUCAAAUCUGUACCAGUCUCUUACAAAAGAUAAAAAGGGCCUAAGUAGCAUACCAGUUUCAAAAAUUGCAAGUUUUAUAAUAAAGGAAAUCUUCAAUCAUCAUCUAGAGUCAUUCUUAUCAGGUGAUAAAAGUAUUCUUUCAGCUUCAGUGGCUCAAACCUGCAAGAAGAAAGCAACAACAAGCACUAAGCAAAGAGAGUUGUCAUUCAUUGUAAACUCAGCUGUCUUUUUGGAAGAAGUAAUUACUGAGCUUUUAUGCAAAAUUCUUCAGACAUUUAUACAGGAUUCCUUGAGUACUGAAACCCCAGAGACAGCAAUAGCAAAAAUAAUGGACAUUGUUACAACAUUAGUAAAAUCAAUUGUUUUUGAGUUCACUACAUCUGAGAUUUUAGUUGCAGAACAUUUGGAUGAGAGUCUAUGGUUUUCAGAGACAUAUAAAGAAAUGGUUCAAAAAACAGUCCACUCCGUUUAUGGAAAUCUAUUUGAUGAAUGUAGAUCUCUGACUCAACUACACAGGGCUCUAGAAAAUGACACUUCAUGUUUCGGAGGGAAAAUAUAUCAUUUUCUAUUGGAAGAAAUGUAUGAUUAUCAGGUGCAGUCAUUAGUUUCAGGAGAAUUAAUGCCUUCUUGCUAUUCUUCACCUCAAGCUGCAAAUAUCAUCAAAAAUGUGCUCAAUGUCAUCUUGAAGGAUACCAAUGCAUUACCAUCAUGUAUUACAGUACUCCCUUGUUCUCUGAUAGAAAACAUGAUUUACAAGCUUUUAGAAAACAUCUUUCCUUCAGAUGACACUGAAAAUGAACUAAAGAAGGCAGAGGCUGGGCCAGACGAUGUUGAUGAGUUCAUGGCUGCAGCUUCCAAAUUGACUGAUGAAAUUAUACAAGAAAUUUCUGAACAUGAGAUAAGGUUUGCCACUGCAGAGGAUACAGCCACUAUGAUAUAUGAAACAACUGAGAAUUUCAUUGACUCUGUAUGUAAAAAUAUUUUGAAGAAACCUGAAUUCCAAGCAGACGUACAGAAAGAUGCACACAAAAAGGGAGGUUCAUUUCUCAGUAAAAUAGCUGGCUCAAUUAUUAAAGAAAUCAUGGAUCAUCAUUUGCAGUUAUUUUUAUAUGGUGAAGACUCAUCUUCUAAAGGUGGUGCUUCUUCUGUUGUUGCUAAAUCUGGGAAAGAAAAGGCACCAUCCUCUCUAUUUUCAGCUGCAUUUUUAGAGGAUGUAAUUGUUGACCUUGCUCACAAAUUUUGUUCUUUCUCAACUCUUACUGGAGAUGCCAGGAAAAAGGAUAUGCCAGAGUCGGAAAUUGUAAGCUUAGCUAUUAAGUUUGCAAACUCUCUCAUACGAGAUUUUAGAAAAAGUGGAAUUAAAGUAUUACCACAUGCUGAAGAAAUAUUUUCUUUCCCACCAAUUGCAAAGGAGACAAUUGAUGAGAUAUCUAAUUUUGUCUAUGAUCAGUUUAUAGGGAAAUUUGGAGCUGAUGGUAUUCAGAAGGAUGGCACUGGCAACAUUGUUAUAGAAAUGAUUUCUUCAUUAGCACAAAAGGCAAUCUCUACAUUCAAGAUUCAGCCACUAUUUUCAGGAGACUGGUGUUCAACUUUCUUUUCACUUCUAGAUCCAGAAAAUAUCUCCCAAAGGGUUCAACUCCUCCCACAAAAGACCUCCAUGCAGAUUAGUGGCUCCUUAAAACAGAACCAGCUUGCUCUAUCUAAAGACACAUCAAUUAAAAAAGAUGAUAUCCAAGAUCCAAUACUUAACUCUAUAGCUACCAUUAUGAAAAGUAAUAUCAUCGAUCUCCUGUCAGGACCAAGUCCAGGUGUCACAGAUGCAAAGAAAGAAGAAGAUGAAAGCAAAGUCAAACCUGCCACUGAAGACACCACCUCACCAGAUACGUCUCCACCCACCAGUAUGAAAAGCAAAGGUACUCAGGUGAAAUAUUUGAGGGACAAAUGUAAAAGUAGUGAAACUGGGAAGGAGAACUUAGUACUAGUCAAUGAGCAGGGGCAGAUUCUUGAAAUAUUCACCCAUUAUGCAGUUGCUACAACUGUUGAAAACAGUCCUGAGAAGGAGGUACUUAGAACAGAUUUCAAAAUACAAAAUGAAAAGAAGAUUGAUGUCAGUAAAAGUUCAGUAAAAACAGAUGACAAGCCCAAAAGAAAGAACAAAGAGACCAUGACAGAAAAAAAUGUACUAAUACCCCAACAGCCAGUCAAGGAAGAAAGGAGACAGUCUGUAGCGGCAACUGACAUAGAGGAAGAAUCGUACUCAGAAAUUGAACGUGUUGAAAAUGUCAUUGAAAAUAUUUAUGACAAUGUUUUUAUAAUAUCUUCUCAAGACCCAUUGGAUUUUGCCAGACCAAUAUACAGCAGAAGCCGCAUAAGUGAUAAAGCAUUGGUUAUACUUCAAGAUUCUGCACAGCAUGUUACAACAAAGGAUUUAUCCUCAUCAGUUCACAAAAAAGACAUCACUACUAAAGAGAAACCAAGUGAAGAAACAAAAACUAAAAGUAGAAGAGAGGAGAGUGAGACCAAAAGAUUGAAAGACAUUAAAAGUAAGCCUAGUACUACAGAGCAUCCUAAGUCCUCAUCAGAAAGUCAACCUAAAAUUGUUCCUGCCAAGUUUCUAGAAGAUGUGAUCACUGAACUGGUGAACAAACUAGUAUUUACAUCUUUACCAGAAACAGAAAAGUGUGAUAAGACUACAGACACAAAUGAUCGAAAGCCAGGUGAACUUUAUGACACAGCGAUGAGACUUGUCGAUUCAAUGAUGAAGGAGUUUUCAGAUGCAGAAAUUAAAGUUUUUAGGCCAGAUAAAGAAAAUGAGGCACUCUCACAAGCAGCCAAAGAGUCAGCUCAUACAGCGCCUCCUGAGGUUAAAGAAACAACUAUAAAAAAGCCAUCAUCCAGCACGAAUAUUAAAAAUGAAGAUAAAAUGACACAGGUGCAGAAAACACCAGAACAGUCCUUUUCUGAGAAGUUGCCUUCCAUAGAGAGAAUACCAUCAAUUGAAAAAUCAAUAGUCAAUAAAAUUGUUCACUCUUGUGUUUGCAAUGUUUUAAAGGAGUGUAAAUCUCAAGAGUCUAUUUGCGAAAACAUCAACAGUAAUGGGGAGAUUCUAGCAAAAAGGCUAACUAGUACAGUGAUAAAUGAAAUUUUUCAGCAUCAGCUUAACUUGAUAUUUUCUGAUGAGGUACCAGCUUCAGCAUGUGUGCCUCUGGAAUCAAAAGAUGUGGAGAAGAAGGUCCAAAAUGUGGUGCAGUCAGUCAGUAAAGAAUGUCAGACCUCAUCUCCCUAUACCAUACAGUUGCCUUACAAAUUUUUAGAGGAUGUGACUUCUGGUCUUUUAGCAAAAGUCUUUUCAAAACUAUCCAAUGUCAAAACAAAACUAACUCCAGAAAAUGUGUUGACACAACUUGACUUCCUUCAAAUGAAUUUAGUAAAAACAAUUGCAGCAGAGAUUUCCAAAAAUGAAGAUUUGAUUAUACAGUAUGUAGAAGCCUUGCAACCAAAUGAUGAUGAAAUUGUUCAACCGGUUGUUCAGACAAUUUAUAAUAAUCUUUUGCCACAGUUUGGAUCACAGGAAAUCUUACAAAAAUGUAUAAUUAGUGGAUGUAAACUCCUUUCAAAAACCAUAGUUGACUUAGUUCUACGGGAAGUGACUGGCAACCAGUUGCAGAACUAUUUUGGUGGUGAGCUGACUCCGAAUCAGUGUGCGGAGGUCGACAAUGUUGUUGAAAAUAUCCUCACCAGUGUUAUCUUAACUACUCCCUCACAGUCAUCAACUCCUCGUAAACUAUCUUAUAACAUAAUAGAAACAAUUGCUGUAAAGUUCUUAUCAAAGCUUUUAUCUGUAUUUCCAAAAGGCCCUCCAGAAAGAACUAAAUCUCAAGAAACUGAAAUGCGAAAAAUAACCUCAAAAAUAUUAAAUUCAAUCCAAGAAUUUUUCUCCAAGAGUAAAAUCAAAGUUGUACAACCUGCUAAGGAAUCAGAAGCUGUGCCUUCAGCUGACAAGGCAACUAUUGACAAAGUAGUUAAUUCUGUUUAUGGCAACGUUUUGAAACACUCUGGCUCCCCUACAUCUGUAUUUGAAGAUUUAAUGGGAAAGAGUGAUGUCCUUUCUGACAUAAUAGGUUUUUCAAUGGUAAAGGAGAUUUCCAAUUCUGAAUUUCAACCUCAAGCAGAAGAGGAACUUUCAAGUUCAGAGUUAGCUCUAGAAGCUGUCAAGAUUAUGGAAAAGGUGGUGAAAAUUAUUGAUGAACUUAAGACCCAGGAAAAACCCGCAUCCAUUAAGGAUGUAAUGUUAGACUCCAGAGUUUUAGAGGAAGCUUUGGCCUUGUUCUUGGCUAAAUUAGUAAAUACACCUGGUCCUGCAAGCAAAGACACAAACAGUUUAACAAAGCCUGAGUUAAAUAAAAUUGCAUCACAGUUGACAAAAUCUGUAACAGCUGAAAUUUCCAAAAGUAACAUUAGUCUUGUGGAUUCGAAUCAUGAAGAACAAUCUUUAGACCAAGAAAACAUUGAAGUGAUUUCUCGGGUUGUUGAGUCUGUUUACAGUAAUAUAAUAAAGCAAUCUGGAAGCCAGAAUGAACUCUAUGAUAUGAAAAGUACAAAGAAGGCCUUCCCUAAGAAGGUAGCUAGCUUAAUUGUUGAUGGAGUUUCCAGUGUCCCAUCGUGUAGAGUUAGCACAGAGAGUUCUUACACUGCUGCCUUUGGAGAUUUAGACACAAACAGGAUCAUUGAAAAGGCACAAAAGCAUGCUGCACUAAGGAGCUCUGACUCAGACAAGGAGUCCGAGGAUGCAUUAGAAGAUGAACUUCCAGUUAAAAUAAUUCCACAUGUCAGGAAUAAACCAAUGAAAAUCGAUCCAAAUAUCGUCUCAGAACACUUAGCAGUGAUUUCUAUGAAGACUCAGCCUCUGGAGACACUUAAGAUGGACUGCAUAAAGAGGACUGGAUGUAGUAUAGCAGAGCUGAGGAGAGCUUCCAUAAGUGGCAAAGGUCACUCUUCCACAGAUGUGUCUGAAAUAGGAACGAGACAGAAGGCGAGACGCAUCUCAUUGGACAGAACUGGGCGACUUGAUGUGAAACCCUUAGAGGCUGUUGGCAGAAAUUCAUUUCAAAAUGUAAGAAGGCCUGAUAUCACCAGAGUAGAACUUUUGAAAGAUAUUAAUAACAAAAAAGAUCUGAUCAUUCGGCUAGUUGCUCAUGAUAUUGGUCAAAAAGAUUCAGAUAGUAGCUUAAGAGAGGACACGGUUUCUGAUGAUGAGGAAAUUGUUCUCGGAGAAGUUGUUGGAGACCAGUGCCUAAGAAAAAUACCUAGAGGUCGUGUUCAACAAGCUGUGAAGCCUGCAGAAAGCCAAGCUGUUUCUCCCAAGAUGACAACAAGCACAAGCAGCUUGAAAAAGUUCUUAGCACUGAGCAAAUGCUGCCAACCCACAUCUGGUGAAAAUAUUGAAAGUAUUGAAGCAACUGGAAGUCAGGUAGUGGAAGCUAACAAGACACAUGUUAAAAGAGCUGUUGCUGAGCUUGACAUGCCCACUUCCAAUAGCUUGGCAGAAGCAGCAUCUUCUAGGGACAAGUUACAAUAUAAGAAAGAAGAAAUCCUUGCUCCUGAACCAACACAUUACUUCAUACACAGAAUUAUGAGCACAUCAUCAUACAACCAAGAAGACCUCCUUUCUGGUGAAGCAGAAGAAUUUAUACCAGAUCCAAAAGCUAAUGAAUUUGAAGAAAGUUGUCAGGAACCACAAGAAGGAAACUCGAAAAGUAUUGAGUUUGUCACCAUCUAUGAAGGAUCAAAACAUAUGGCCAGCAGUGCACGUCUUUCAAAGGAACAUGUUUCAGAUGUGCCCAGGAGCAGUAUUUCCAAACAAGGGUCUAAAGUGCUGGCAAAGGUAUCUUCAACUCUAUCAAAGGUGUUCUCCCGAUCAAGCGGCAGUAUUCCUAAAUCCUCCUCACCACCUCACCCGGAUAAGUCCUGAAGCUUCUCCACGUGAUAAAAUUGUGAUUCUCUAUAAAAUAAAAUGAUAUUUAAAGUAGAA